GGGAUUGCACGGCAACGAGACGGUUUAGUGGGAUUAGAAACCUGUUAUUUUGUUUCUUAAACAUUUCCCGAACAGGGAUUCUGGGCUUGAAGAGCAAACGAUGAACGGAUCAGUAGCCAAAAAGACGCAGGAAACUCUGGGGAAAGUGAUAAAGAAACCUCCUCUGACUGAAAAACUGCUCAGCAAGCCGCCUUUUCGGUACCUGCACGAUAUUGUGAGCGAGGUGAUUCGCACCACCGGCUUCAUGAAGGGCCUUUACGGAGAAGCAGAGAUGAAGUCCGACAAUGUUAAGGAUAAAGACUCCAAGAUGGCGUUCCUUCAGAAGGCCAUAGAUGUUGUGAUGCUGGUGAGCGGAGAACCCGUGGCUGCUAAACCUGCACGCAUAGUGGCCGGGCACGAACCCGAGAAAACCAACGAGCUGCUCCAGACCAUCGCCAAGUGCUGCCUCAACAAGCUGUCCAGUGAUGAGGCUGUAAGGCAUGUCCUGGCUGGAGACAAAGUGGACCUAAAGGGGAAAGCCAGCACCUCCAGGUCGCAGGGCAAGGAGAACCGAAAAGAGAAGAUUAAAGAGAGCACUGAGCAGAAAGACCCAGACCAGCCCAAGGAGCAGGAGAGCAGCAGCAGGAGGAGGAGCGAGAAAGAGCGACACAGAGAUGGCGAGAGGACUGAGAAAGCCCGGGAGAGAGACAGGACAAAGGACAGAGAUCGGGAUAAAGACAAAAGCCGUGACAGGGAUAAAGAAAAGGAAAAAGAAAAAGUGCGAGAUCGGGACAGAGAUAAGGAGAAAGUCCAUGAUGGAGAUAGAGACAGGGAUAAAGAGAAGGAGAAGAACCGGGACAGAGACCGGGAUCGAACCAAGGACAGGGAGCGAGAUUCACAUAAAGACAGAGAACGAGUGCGGGAUAAAGACCGAGACCGUGAGCAGGACAAGCGAAGAGACCGAGAGAGGGAGGGCGAGCUUCAGAAGGAGAGUGAAGAAAAGAAAAAGGAGAAAACGGAGAAGAAGACCCGGGCUACAGACGAAGUGAACAAACAAAGACCACACCCAGAAGAGCUGAACAGAAAUCACAAAGCUGAACCCCUGCAGCUGGACAGUCCUGCCAGAAUACCAAGGCCCUCUUCUGCAAAGGGACAGAGACGCCGGCCGAAAUCUGGAGCUCCAGAUGAAUCAGACAGUGAUGGAGCGGGUGACAACGCGACAGCGGAUAAACCAGUUCAUUUUGAAAACGGAGAUGCAGCUCAUGCUUUGACACACCAUGCGUCCCACAGCAGCAGCAGGAGGAUAGCACGGCCCAGCAGUGCGAGACCAGCCCCGCCCCGAGUGAGGAGGCAGGAGAGCUACACUGACGCAGGCCCUGUGGAGAGACUGGGCAGUGCCAAGCCUUCCUCUGCGGUCAUCGUGGACAGCAAAAAGCUCUCAGAGGAUGAGGAAGAUGAAGACGGGCAGUUUGUGGUGCAGGAGGCAGGUUCGCUUCCCCCUGACAUGCCUGAGCUGGAGAUGGGACCAGCAGUUGAAUUACAAGGUGAUGAGGAACAUGGUGGGCUUGUGAAGAAAAUCCUGGAAACUAAGAAGGAUUAUGAAUCAUCGCCCUCCGCUCUGAAGUCAAAAGAGCAGGACCGGAUGCCGGUGAUGGAGGCGGCUCGUAAGAAGGAGCGCGAGUUAGUGGUCCGAGAGAUCGGGCGUCUGCGAACGUCUGUCCAGAGUGUGUGUCGCAGUGCUCUGCCGUUAGGCAAAAUCAUGGACUACAUCCAGGAAGAUAUGGACUCCAUGCAGAACGAGCUACAGAGCUGGAGACGCGAGAACAGAGAACAUGCAGAGGCCCUGCUGCAAGAACAGAGAAUCACCGACAGCGCUGUGAAGCCCCUGAUGACUGAACUGGCUGAACUGGAGCAGCUGAUCAUGGAAGAGCAGGACAAGAUCUGUGCCAUCAAGUCCAACAUCCUCCAGAACGAGGAAAAGAUUCGCAAGAUGGUGUCCAGCAUCAACAUCUCGCAAACGUGAACCAAGCAAGAAAAUAAAGCGAUCUGCACGCAGUACACACAGGAGAACGCUUUUACCCGCUCUCUCGCGGUGGGUGGGGGAGUGUUUAGCAGUUUGCAAGGGGUGUCGGAUGAAAACUAGAGGGAAAUGGUACAAAUCGGGUCGCCCUGUUCACAUCUACUUGACAGUUAAAGGUGCCUUCUGUUCAUACCUGAAUCUGUUCUGGGUGGGCGAGCGGGUGGGCGGGCGGGCGGCACUCCUGCACUGUGUUCAUCCCUUCUCAUAGAUUUGCACACAUGGUUUGAUUGAGAAAUAGACGUUUGGUCACAGUGAUAUUGAUGUGGUAUACAUUUUGUAACAGGGGGUGUCUCUCUCUUAUUUAUUUUUUUAUUAUACCUGCUUGUUUUUGGCGGAACAUAAGCAUCUUAUCCAGAUUUUUUUUUUUUUUAAAUUUAAUAUUUAUAACACCGAGAGAAAGCUUCCUGGUAAUAUCUAAGACUUUAUUGCUUUUCAGGUGUACUGUAUCUCACUAUCUCUCCAAAGCUUGUCUUAAGCAAUAGCAGCCUGUUUUCUGGACAGACCUUUGUUUUAGUUGUUUUAGUCCAAACCACACCAUUCUCAGCUUCCUCUUUUUUUUUUUUCUCAUUUUAACAUUUUCUUUCCCCCAGUGCUGUCUGGAAAACUAGCACAUAGUGUUAGCAGUUGAAAUUUAUGCAUGCCAAAAGCACCAGUCAAGCACCACUGCACUUUGAUCAGGAAAACUGUGACUGGAGACGUGUGUGUGUGUGUGUGUGUGAGAGCAGAAAGCUGUCGAGCUACAGUACAAAGACAUUGAAAAAGAAUCCUUCGUUCUGUUUUAAAGGUCACUUUUAUCCCUAACAUACAGAUUCUGCCUGUAGGUCGAUUAGAAAAAGGACACGUAGGGUUCAUGGCACAGUUUUAUCCAGUUAAACACAAACUUUUUUUCCAAAAAUGAAUCUUUUGUGGAAAAAAAAAAAAUAAGGUGGAAGCAGAGCAGAAAUAUUUUUAUAUGACUUUCAACUUCUUUUUAAUCAGUGCAUAAUAAAUAUGUCAGUAUUAUUGGCUAUUAUUAUCAUAAAUAUGAAUUAUGGCACUGUCGUGGAAAAAGGACAAAAAAAAAUCUAACGUCCGUUUAACAUUUAAAGAUGGAUUAUGAAGCAUUUCCUAAUUUCCUAUAAAAUGUACACUGUAAACUAUUUUUAUCACACCCAUAUUGUCUUUGCUGUAUAAUAUGUAUAUUUUGUUUGUAUCAUAGUUCACAAAUGACUAUAAAUUUUGUAGUGCAG